UGACAUUCCGGGCUGACGGCGGCUGUUGAGGUUCUGCAGAAAGCAAGCUAUUUGUCCUCUUGCUAUCCCUGGAAAAAUGCGUCCAUCUCGUAAAAAGAUUCAGCGCCAUCAGGCCCCCCAGCCAUACACCAGAAUGAACUUGAGAAGCUUCCGAAAUGUGUCUUUGGUUUCAGCAGAGACUUCUUCCUCAUCUGAUGACAGCUGUGAUAGUUUUGGUUCUGAUGGCUUCAGCAACACAAAGAAGUCUUUAAAACAAGCCAAGGUGACCGCGGCAUUUAAGGCCCCCGCAGAACACAGCUCGCUGAGCGAGUUUGAAGAGAACAACUUUAAUGAGGAGAUGGAGGCCAUGAAGGUAGAUUCAGACUCAGAUUCCACUGGACCCCAGCGCAGGGGCCAGCGCUCACGAACCCUGAAGGUGGCCUUGAAGUUUCCCACCAAGAGGGGCGGUGAGGAGAAGGCCUUGGAGACAAAGCCCCACGCUCAGCCCAAAGAGUCUGAUUCUCACUCAGAUGAGGAUGAGAACUUCAUGGACAAGAGGGCGCUGAACAUAAAGGAGAACAAAGCAAUGCUGGCAAAGUUGAUGGCUGAGCUGAACAAAGUUCCUGGGCUCCUUCCUGGAAGAAUGUCUCUGCAGUCGGGUAACACGCCGAGACGUGUCCCGCGGCAACCCAAGCAAGCAUCUGGCCCAUGCAGAAGGAACCCAGAGCGCACCUCACGACCCUACACCCGCUCACGCUCCCUCAUGGACGGCCCUCCAAGCCCAACACCAGAAGAAGACCCCGAGGACCGAUUCAGUCUGGUGCGCCGGAGCCGUUACUAUGAGGAGGAGGAUGAACCACAGCAGCCCCGCCGGCGCAACUACAAUGGCGCGCUCACCAUCCCCCAUGUUGUGCGGCCAGUGGAUGAGGUCACCCAAGAAGAACUGAACAACAUCUGCUUCAGUGUACGAGACAAAGUCUACAAUCGUGCUACUGGAACUACAUGUCACCAGUGCCGUCAAAAGACAAUUGACACCAAGACCAACUGCCGCAACGCUGAGUGUGUGGGUGUUAGGGGCCAGUUUUGUGGGCCAUGCCUGCGUAACCGCUAUGGAGAAGAGGUCCGGGAUGCUCUGCUGAAUCCGGAGUGGUGCUGUCCUCCAUGUCGAGGUAUUUGCAACUGCAGUUUCUGCCGGGCACGGGAAGGCCGCUGUGCUACUGGGGUGCUCGUCUACCUGGCCAAGUACCAUGGCUACGACAACGUGCAUGCCUACCUGAAAAGUCUGAAACGAGAGAUGGAGGAAGAGGAGAAGCAAUAAGCAGAUGCCUCACGCUUCCAUGUCUUUCCUGGAUGAAAGAAUCUUCCUGAAUCAUGCAGUGGGUGGGGGGGGGAGGUGUAUUUUACACAUACAGUCCUGCUUGAAAGUAUGUGAACCCUAUAGGGAUGGUCAUUGGUCUUGUAUAAAAUGUUAAAAAUGAGCUUAUAGAAGCUAAAUGAUUUACUCACCUCAUUCCACUUUGUGGUUUAACUAGUGCAACUGGGGGUUCACAUGUUUUUGCACCUGCAAUACAUCUGCUUUUCUAAACAGGUAUGAUUUUCUCUAAAGGAACAUAUUGGAAUUGGUCAUUGCACCCCUAUUAUGUCAGAUGAGAAAGACUGCUUCUUAUUUAAUAGUUUUGUGGUAAAACUAAGGGGCACAAGGUCUUCAUGUACUUUGAAGCAGCACUGUAGACUUGCAUUUGGCUCACAUAGACGUAAUAUAGUUGUCCUUGUACUUUCUUUCAGUAGGCCAUUAGAAAUUGUAAUGGUCCUGUAUGAAAAGUUUAAAUUUCUAAAUUACAUUGUUUUAAAUGUAUUAAAGUUUAUACCCUUUAAGCCAGUUGUGGCCAAAUUCGGUUUGUGAUAUACAGCAUCCUUCAAGUUCACUUCAGCAUUUUCAUGCCCAUUAGCUGUGGUGAAUACAGUUUGACCCAUUAGAUAUUCAUGCUGGUUUUGGUUUUCUUGCAGGUUGUGUGUUUUUUAGGGGAGCUCCAUCAUUUAGGUUAACUUGGCUUUUUUUUUUUUCUAUUUUUUGGCAAAUGCAAACUGUUCUAUGGAAAUGUACACACAAAGUUGAAAUACUUGCUUUAUGCAUAUUACGUACUACAUAUGGCAUAUAACGUCA